AAAAAUGUCAAAACAAUUAUUUUCAAUGAAGAUUUUCUUAAGCCUUGACUGAGACCCUAAAAUGGAUGAUUGCAUCAUUUUUGUUCACUCAUUAAACCAUCCAAUGCUAUUUACUUGGUGGAUUUGCAUUCUUAUACUUGUAUCUUCUUACUCUUUACAGCCCACUAUUUACUUAUACAAACAUUUAAAGGAGAGGUCCUUUUAAUAUGGGGAUUUGUUUGGGAAAAUCUUCUAAGCUUGCUCAUAUUUCUUCUGACCAAUUCUCUGAUGGUAAAGCUGCACCUUCUAAUACAAAUCAGUUUUCAAAUCCUAUAAGCCAGCCAACAUUUUCAGGGCCCUUGUGCAAAGCUCUUAUAACAUCAAAAGGUGUCUCCAGCAACAUCAAAUCCUUUAUGUUCAACGAUCUCAAGAAUGCCACAAGGAACUUUCGAAGUGAGAGUCUUCUCGGGGAGGGAGGUUUUGGAUACGUCUUUAAAGGAUGGUUAGACGAGCACACAUUGGCUCCGACCAGACCAGGAACCGGGAUGAUAGUGGCUGUCAAAAAACUUAAGGCUGAAAGUUCUCAAGGUCACCGGGAAUGGCUAACUGAAGUGAACUGCUUAGGACUUCUGCGUCAUGAAAAUCUUGUGAAGUUAAUUGGGUACUGCUCAGAAUCUGAAAGUCGGCUUUUAGUCUACGAGUUCAUGACAAAAGGAAGCUUGGAAAAUCAUCUGUUUAGAAAAGGAGGGCAACUUAUGGGAUGGCCGACAAGGAUGCGUAUUGCAAUUGAUGUUGCAAGAGGAUUAUCCUUCUUGCAUAGUUUAGACGCCAAUGUAAUCUAUCGCGACUUGAAGGCAUCCAAUAUAUUACUUGAUUCGGACUUCAAUGCAAAACUUUCAGACUUUGGCCUUGCAAGGGAGGGUCCUAGUGGAGAUAGAACUCAUGUAUCAACCAGAGUUGUAGGUACAAGAGGUUAUGCUGCACCAGAAUAUGUUGCAACAGGCCACUUGACUCCAAAGAACGAUGUGUACACCUUUGGAGUCGUUUUAUUAGAGCUAUUGUCUGGUAAACGAGCAGCAGGCGAUGAGAAUGCUGGAGGUGCUGAUGAAACCUUGGUAGACUGGGCAAAACCGUUCCUAACCGACAGCAGGAAAGUCUUGAGAAUCAUGGACUCGAGAUUAGGAGGUCAGUACUCCAAAAAGGAGGCGCAAGCUAUAGCGGCUAUUGCAUUACGGUGUCUAUCCACGGACCCUAAAAAUAGGCCAGCCAUGACUGAGGUUCUGGAAAAGUUGGAACAACUUCAAACAUUAAAAUAUGGCCCCAGAAGUUCACCCCGAUCUAACAUCGGAACCGGUGUUUGAGAGGUCGACCCCUCACAAAAUGGUACAAGAUGCGGUCAAACAAAACAUACCUAACAUGUACGCGGAUUAGACGCUUAGCUUAACAUUUUGUGCAGAUCAACCCGUGACAUAAUCAAUAUAAAGGACUGUGAUAUGUGUUGCUUGUCUACUAUGACAGUGUGCAACUAUGUGAAGAAGAGUUGGAUGUGACUGCCGUACGCAAAUAUCGAUAUAUUGUUGACUAUUUCGAGCAAA